AUGGGAACAAAAGAAUUGAAUAUUUUGGAGUUAUCUGAUCACUUAAAGCCUGACCAACGAACUGAUGAGCCAGUUUUAAAACAUAUGCGCCAAAAUAUUAACCAAAAGGAAGAAGAAAGUCAGAAACUCCAGACCAAGGAUUUGAAACUAGCAGAUGCUUCCGAUAAUAUUCACAUAGUAGAAACACUCCUAAAACGGAGCCUGCGCAUCAAAAUUAGUUAG